AUGCAAAGACAGCCUGCUUCAAGCAAAAGUGGAAGCUUGGUUAUUACUGUGGAAGGCAGUCAGUCAGAAAGAAAUGUUCCAGGUAGUAAUGUUACAUCUUGGACAAAGCUAGUUCUGGACAUGUAUCCUCCUGGAACAUCUAUUAGUGCAUUGUUACCUCUUAGAGAUGAUAGGAUUGUUAUUGACUUGACCAAAAGGAGUCUUCAUGGUCUUGAAAUUAGAAUAUUAGAUGAUGCAAAAGUUCUCAAUCUUAAGAUCUUGAAAAGGGAUGCUUAUAAACACGUUGGGAACUUUGACAUGUUCCUAUUCCUCCACGAGCGAAGCAUUGCCAUGAUUGUGACAAAUGUGUACUUCAGUUUGACCAUCAUUGUGUUUGGCUUGGGACAUGCAUUGGCCGGGGAAAUCAUUGUCGAUUUUGUUGCUAUGGGUCAGCACAUAUGGAUUGAAGACCUAUGCUUUGCUCUUGGAUGGGCUAUAUGGUUUACUGGUCAUGAUGCAUAUCAGUUGAAACAUGUGGAAGGAUGUGAUUAUGAUCCUGCUAUUGUUUACUUUGUCAAUUGCCUUGAUCUUUCUCCUGCUGCUCCUCAUUUUCCAUAG